GCUCUGCACAUUUGCAGAUAGUGAACCUAAAGUACUGAUGCCAUCUCAGGGUGUAGAACAGUCUACUGAGUAUAAAUACUAGGCACAAGCAGCAAUAACAACAGAACUAAGACCAACAUCAGCAUGAGAACUCGUCCAUUAAUUGACUAAAUGUGGUGUUUCUAAAAAUCUGCAUGGCAUCUUAAGAAAAUAAUCUAAUACUGAAGAAGGAUGGCUUCUAACAGAAAUGUCAUUAAAAACAGUGGCUCAGGAUCAGGAUCAACUCAAAGGGACUCAAGCCAGCUUAGAGAUGCCCUUCUUUCAUUUUUGAAAACACUGGGACUUGAAAAGUACUACCCAAACAAGCUGACUCUGAAGUCCUUACUGGAAAUCAACAGUGCCACUGUGUCCAGUGAAAAGACUGACUCACUGCAAGCAAUACCAUGGGCCUUUCUAAGAAAGUUACUGAUGGUUAAUUCAAAAUCAAGAUCUAUACUCUCUACACUUUGUGAAAAUAAUGAAUCAGAUGACUUGUUUAGUGAAGAGGACAGUGAUGGUAGUUUUAACCUUCUAGAUCUUCAUACUGCCCUCUUUUUCUGUGCAGAUAGUUUUCUUCAGCAAGAAAUGGCACUGAAAAUGUCAAUGUGCCAGUUUGCAGCACCAUUUUUGCUGCCACAGGGAAUAUAUAAUCAGUGCACUCUUAUGCUAUGGGCUCUUAGAUGUAUCAUAAAAGAAUGGCGCCCAUGUUCAAUGUCAGAAUCAAAAGAGUUUGUUGAAAACAGUGUUGUUCAUGCAGAAAUUCCCUUGGUAUCAUUUGUGAGAUUAAGUAACUGCAGCUUGUCCAAGUCUCAAGUUUUGAACCAAGUGCUCAACAAUGCAGAGGAGCACCAUGACUUCUUUACUCAUCGUGAAAUGAUUGGAGGAUCUGCUCCCAGGGUAAUUGCUAAUGGCAUGGUAGAGAUUUGCUGGAGUCUUCCAUGUGGGAACAAUAGUAUUGAUGUCUUUCCUGAGGCAGUGGCUGUUGCUAAUUUGAGAGGUGAUGCUUGUGCUUUUGAAACACAAUUCAGGUUCCUUACAAAGGUAUCAGCAGCUUUCUUUGUGUUCUUGGACAGUGUUGAAGAAAAGGAACUAAGAUUGUUUGCCUCUUUACAAGGAAUUAAAUCCAAAAUAUUUCUUGUGGUGAACUCUCAGAAAAACAUGACGCAAGAUGUGAAGUCAUCUAUUGAGGCAAUGAUUGAUACUCUGCAACUGGAUAGAGACCACAUAAUUAAGAAAAGCCAAAAAGUGAAUUUGGCUACUUUUGCAAAAUCGAUCAAUUCUUCCAUAAAGACUUUUCUAAGUAAACCUCAUGAAUCAUUUAGUAUCGAUUCCAUGAAGAAGACUGCUCAGGAAUUAGGUCUUGCCGUUGAUGAGAUUCAAGGAAAAGCCUCUGUCUCAGCAGAAGAAAUGGCAGAGAAAACCGUGAAAACUAUUGGAGUUCGUCAAAUAACAGACUAUAAAAAGACACAGCUGCCACUGCAAGGUGAAAAUUGGAAAAGACUGGCUAAAAUAGAGAAAGAGCAAUGUAGAUUACGCAAUUCAGGAGAAAUGAGCUUGGAACAAUAUAAGGUUCAACUGCAAAAAGAAAUUGAUGAAAUUUGGGACAAACAAAGUCAGUACAAAAUGACAAAAACAAUGGAGAUCUUCACUGAUGCUUUGUUGGGCUCUGAUGAUACUGAGAGAGCCUUUUUCCUGAAAUGGAUGGGACUAAAGAUGGAUAUGCGUUCACGCAAACAAAUGUCAACCCUUCGGCGCAAAUACAAAGAGUGUGAACAAAAGAAAGACAGAGAUGCUUUAGUCCGAUUAGACAAGGAACUUCUUGAUUCUUCUCUUGGCAUAGAACAUUACAUGAGAGAAAUGGGACAGAUCUAUGAAGCUGCUUCAUUUGGAUCAAACACAAUGUCUGCUAAAAUUAGCAGUCUUCCUACUCUGGCUGCCAAACUGCUCCUAGCUGGGUUUCCUCUUGAACUACUUGAUGGAGAUGCAUCAAAUAUCCCAGAGAAAUGGGUGAGUGAUGUUCUCAUGAAGCUUCACAGGAUGGUUGGGGGGAAGAGCCGUUUGCUGGUAAUAACUGUGUUAGGGGUUCAGAGUACUGGUAAAUCAACACUGCUCAACACUAUGUUUGGAGUCCAGUUUGCAGUGGGUAGUGGACGAUGCACACGUGGAGCAUUCAUGAUUCUCAUACCUGUGGGUGAAGACUUGAAGGAAGAGUUACUUUGUGACUUUGUCCUUCUGAUUGAUACAGAGGGUUUGAAAUCACCAGCACUGGCACAACUGGAGGACAGUUAUGAGCAUGACAACGAAUUGGCCACAUUUGUGAUUGGUCUUAGUGAUGUAACCAUCAUCAAUAUAGCAAUGGAGAAUUCCACAGAGAUGAAGGACGUCUUGCAGAUAGCAGUUCAUGCUUUUUUACGGAUGAAGGAAGUUGGUAAAAAAACAGUCUGCCACUUUGUUCAUCAAAAUGUUGGUGGUGUUUCAGCAUAUAACAAAAACCUGACUGAACGAAAACAGCUCUUGGAACAACUAAAUGAGAUGACAGUGAUUGCAGCUGAGAUGGAAAAGAAGCCUAACAUAAAAAAAUUCACUGAUGUUUUGGAUUAUGAUGUGGAAAAGAAUAACUGGUAUAUGCCAGGCCUAUGGCAUGGCACACCACCAAUGGCACCAGUUAAUUCAGGCUACAGUGUGGCUGUUCUUGAUUUUAAGAAAACCCUCUUGGGUAUCCUUAAAGCAAGAAAGGAUGAAGAACCCUCUCAGAUCCCAGAGUUCCUGCAAUGGAUGAAUAGCUUGUGGAGGGCAGUGAAGUUUGAGAACUUCAUCUUCAGUUUCAGAAACACUCUUGUGGCCCAUGAAUAUGACAAUCUUUCCAAAACUUUUACAGAUUGGGAGUGGUCUUUCAGAAGACACAUUCAGUCUUGGGUUACAGCUGAAAUGGUUCAAAUAUCUAACACUGAAACAGGUGGUAAUAAUGAGGUUGUUGAGCAAAUUAAACAGAAAGCACAUAAAGAAAUUGCCUUUCAGAGAGAAAGAAUGAGUAAAAAUCUAACUGAGUACUACAAAAAGAAAGACCACCAUGUACAUUUGGUGGAAAAGUACAGAGUUGAUUUUGCAAAUAGCAUCAAAAGUCUAGAGAGUGAAAUGAAAGAUGAAGUGAGAAAAACAUUAGAUGCUGUUCUUGAGAUGAGGAGUAACAAGGUGAAAUUAGAAGACAUUCACAGAAAGCAAACCACAAUGAUUGAGAGUCAAGUCCUUCAACUCCUGCAAAAUUACAAACAUUGUAAAAAUGAGGUGUCUGACAAAGAGCUCACAGCUGAGUUUGAGAAAAUGUGGAAACGAGAAGUGGCAAACAUCACUGGUAUAAAAGAAAGGGAUGUUUCUGAUGAAAUUUUGAAGCAACUGCUAGUAAGUUUUGCCAAUCGCAAUGUCAUGGAGGAUUUGCAGAAAGUUAAAAAUUUGACACAGUAUGGGCAAGGACAAUUCCAGGUCAAAGAGAAGCAUGUAAAAUUAGAAAAGAAAAUACAAAGUUUCUUCACACAGCGUAAUGCAAAGCAAGAGUUAGAGAUUGUUGCAAAUAGCAUAAUUAAGUGCAGUGAAAAAACCAUUGAUCAGCAUGCACAAGAAAAAUGUGAUUACCAAUACACUUUUACAAAAGAUGUGCUAGAGGAAACUGACGAACAGCUCAAACAUGCAGGUUCAAAAAUCAAUACAAAAUUUGAACUUGACCUUAAAUUGCACAUUUGUGGCAUUGCCUCUCGGAAAUUCACAGAGAUGCACAGGAAAUUCCUCAGUGCUCAAGAUCCCUAUAAAUAUUUGCAGAAAUUCAAGAGUAACUAUCUGUCUGAUUUCAUUGAUUUGUAUAGAAAGAAUGACCAGUGCCACAGGAAAGCAAGAGAAUUCACUCAGCUCUGUCUCAAGCCAGCAGUAACUGGGUACAUUGAACAGUCCAUCGGACCUGACAUUGUUGAUGCAGUUCUGCUAAACAACCCAACUGAGUAUAGUUCUCGAGUGCUGUUUCAGUACACAAUUCAAAAGGAACUACUGGAGAAAUCAAACUUUGAGGAUUUUAACAGGUACAUUUUGCAAUACGAUGCUUAUGUCAAAGAAUGGAUAUACAAUCGUAUCGUUAAAUGCUUUUCCAAAGACAUAUCUCUGCAAAAUAUAAAAAUGAAAAAGCUGGACAUCAUAAUACAAAAGAUCAUGAAAGCAAUGGAAGCCUCCAAGGUUGAUGACAAUGGGUCCCCUUUGCCAAAUAAUGAAAAAGGUACAAUGAGAUUUAUCCAGACCUUUUGCAAAUCAAUGAGCUGUGACAUCUCAGUGUCCAUGAACACAGUGGAAGGUGUCCUCUUUCAGAAUACAAGCUAUUGUGCUCCAUUCACCAAAAGUCUCUAUGAAUCUAUAGAUGAGAUGAAGCUACAGCUAAUAGAUGAGAUCACCACGUCAAAUGAUAUCGAAGAGACACUGAACAAUGUGUCUGUGAAGCCCCAAAAUGUGCUCUUUAAAAGGGUCUUUGGAUGUGGGAAAAAGUGUCCCUUUUGCAAAACACCAUGUGAAGCAGGAGGAAGGAGACAUCAGCAACACCAUGCAGGUCUGCAUAGACCAAAAGGACUGGGAGGUUUUGUAUAUUCAAAGACUAAUUCUCUCUGUGAAGAGAUCUGUACAUCAAGUGUAUGUGGCAAUGGAGUGUUUCGAAGUCAUGAAACUAAUUUCCAACCUCAUCCCUGUAAAGACUACCGGAAAUACUACCCAGACUGGAAUAUUGCACCUGAAUUUUCUCUGAAGGCCUCAGAUUACUGGAAGUAUGUGAUGGUGACAUUUAAUGACAAAUUUGCUAAACAGUUUGAAGCGGAACCAGCUGUGUAUCCGAAAGAAUGGAAUAAUAUCACUAAAGAGCAGGCUCUCCUCUGUCUGAAGCAUAACUUCAAUAUUAAAUGAGACAAAAUCAUCAAAACAUUGCAGCAAAAUACUGCCAUUUAUGAUAAGAACACAAUACAACAACAAUAACAACAAGAAAAAACAUUCACAGUUCCAUCAAUCAUGGAUUGGCAUGAUAGUUUUUAUAUCUUUCUGUUAUACUGAAAAAAUGGAUAAAUUGAUUACACAUGAAAAGUAAACUUAAGAUUCUGAUUUUUUUUAUGGUUUUUGGAUUAUAUAUUUGUGUGUGUGUGUGUGUGUGAUGUUAAUUCAGAAAUUCCGAAUGAUGUUUUUUAAUCACUUUGUUACAGUUGUUUUCUUCUUUGUUAUCAUGUUUUUGAAAUUUUUUGAAAUUCUAAUGAACGCAUUAUUCAGAACAUUUUCUAUGAAUGCAUGAUUACACGUGAGCUGACUACAUAAACAAAUAUAUUACACAGAUAAAUAUAUUAGUCUGUAAAUCAAAAUGGGUUGUAGUGAUUGCAGUGUGCUUUAAAAACAAACUAAUAAAAAUGU